AAAAAAAUUCCUCGACCACCAAAUUCAUUCAUUUUGUACCGUAGGGUAAAAUUAAAUAAUAUUCUCAUAGAAAAUAAAAAAAUAUCCCUUUCAGAAGCAUCAAAAAUAAUUGGUCAAAUGUGGCGAAAUGAAGAUGAAAGAGAAAAAUUACGAUGGGCAAUACUUGCGGAUAAAGAGAAACUAAAGCAUGCGCAAGAUUAUCCUGACUAUGUUUAUCGACCCAAAAGAUCUACCAAACGA